AUGGCAGGAACAGCAGUGCCGCAGGGGACCUGCAAGGAGCCCUGGAUAUGGACUCCUGAGUCUUCUCUUUGCCUCUCCAAGGUCCAUGGCGGGGGAGUCCCACAAGGGCCUGGAGCAGAGGACAAUUCCCUCAACCAGAUCCUGAACUGCAGAGACUGUUGGCACAUCCGAGUACCAGAGCAGGAGCAAGCAGAGCUGGAAAGUGUCACUGUAACGUUCCCAGGGGAGACAGAGUGUAUGCUGGAACAGGCAGAAGGUGAAGAGUCACAGAGGACUAGCCUGCUGCCUGCAGCGAAUGGCAGUGCCAACCCCGUCGACGACACUGGUGCUCCCCUUGAGAUGUUCACACUCCAGGACUCACCCCAGUAGCUCCCUGGCUCUCAGGCCUUCGGACCUAAGCUGGGAGUCACACCGUUGCACCCCGAAUCCUGAGACCUUCAGAUGUCAACUUAAUGACACUAUUCGUCUUCUUAGUUCUCCAGAUUGGAGAUGACACAUCUUGGGACUUCUCA